UCGGAGAAAAAGACCGGUGGCUGUGAAGUAUUAUUAAGAGUUUCACGAAAUAACGGUUGAUCUCAAAACUUGAGUUUGAGGACAGCACACAGUGAGGGUCAUUAUUUCCUAGUAUUAAAGAACUGUGUCAUUUUUAUGCACCCACAUUGAAAGCUAAUUGUAUAUUGCCAGUGACCCGUCGUCUGCUGUCCACACUCUAGAGGCCAAAGUUUCAGGUUAUUUUUUAGAAUUUAGACAAAAUGGAACUAAGAGCUAAUUGGAGUAAAAAAGUAGAAUAUAUUUUAGCUGUUAUUGGAUAUGCUGUAGGACUUGGAAAUGUCUGGCGAUUUCCUUAUUUAUGCUACAGGAGUGGUGGAGGAGCAUUUCUGAUUCCGUUUUUCAUCAUGUUAUUUCUAUGUGGUGUACCGCUAUCAUAUAUGGAGAUGGCAGUUGGCCAGUAUACAAGACAGGGUCCAGUUGGUGCAUUGGCUAAACUAUGUCCUUUCUUUAAAGGUGCAGGGUUGGCAACUGUCGUCAUUUCAUUUCUGUUUACAACGUACUACAUCGUUAUCAUCACUUGGGCCUUUUAUUACAUGUUUAAUACCUUCCAAUCAAAAUUACCCUGGCAGUCAUGUGAUCAUACCUGGAAUUCAGAAGUUUGCUGGGAUGGCAGUAACAGAAACAGUUCUAUCUUCAGUACGGCCAUUAACACAAGUAUGAAUCUGAUGAAUGGCAAUGGAACAAGUCCCGUCGAUAACAAUACCUCAUACAACCUCACCAGAAGUCUUGGAUAUCUUCGACCAAAUAACACCCACUCACCUACGGAAGAUUUUUACAUUGAGAAUGUAUUGGAGAGAUCUAGUGGUAUAGAUGAACAAGGUUAUAUGAGAUGGCAGCUGGUAUUGAUAUUAUUAUUAGGAUGGAUCAUUGUAUACUUUUGUAUAUGGAAGGGGCCAAAAUCUACAGGAAAGGUUGUAUAUUUCACAGCGUUAUUUCCCUAUAUUGUUUUACUGAUUUUAUUAGUACGUGGCUUAACACUACCGGGAGCUAUUGAUGGUAUACGAUUCUUUAUAGAACCAAGAUGGGAAUUAUUACUAGAUGCCAAGGUUUGGGUUAAUGCUGCAGCUCAGACUUUUAAUUCACUUGGCGUUGCUUUUGGUGGCUUGAUAACUAUGUCUAGUUAUAACAAAUUUAACAACAACAUUAUUAAGGAUGUUGUAAUAUUAGCAGUUGUUGAUGCCUUCACUUGUAUACUGGCUGGUUUUGCUAUAUUUUCUAUACUGGGUAAUCUAGCCUACAACCAAGCUACAGAUGUUGAAAGUGUUGUCCAGGAAGGACCUGGUCUGGUAUUUGUGAUUUACCCAGAAGCCUUUGUUUCAAUGCCAGUUGCUCAAUUAUUUGCCUUUCUAUUUUUCUUCAUGUUAAUUUGUCUAGGCAUUGACAGUCAGUUUGCAUCUGUUGAAGUUAUAGUCACAUACAUCCAGGAUCAUUUUGGAGCACAAGUAGAGAAAUAUCUAAAGAGGAAAGAAUUUCUAGUCAUCGUCGUUUGUUUUGUUUCAUUCUUGUUUGGUUUACCAAAUCUAUCUCAGGGAGGAAUCUAUUUUUUUCAACUUAUAGAUUAUUAUGCAGCAGCUCUGUCAUUAAUGAUUCUCGCUUUCUUUGAAGUCAUAGCUAUCACAUGGUUUUAUGGAGCAAGACGUUUAUCUAAUAAUAUAGAAGAAAUGACAGGAAGGAGACCUCAGUUGUUUUUCAUUGUAUGCUGGUAUGGAUUAUCUCCCUUACUUAUACUGGGUAUAAUGAUAUUUAGUUUAAUACAGUAUAAACCACUGUCAGUAGCUGGCUAUAUAUAUCCUGAUUGGGCUGUCGGAUUAGGAUGGUUUAUUGCCCUUAUCUCUGUUGUAUGUAUACCAGCAGGUAUGGUACAUGCUGUUUAUCAAGCUAAAGGUUCUAAUAUAUGGAAGAAAUUUUGCACAAGUCUAAAAUCCACUAUAGUAGAAGAGGAACCAGUACAAUUAAAGUCUGCGGAGUUUAUGACCUCAGAAAAAAUAUAGUUUAUUUUUCUACAAUAAGCAAUGACUCAGAAUAUACGAAAUAACCGUCAGUAAAUUACUUGUUAGUUAAUCAUUAUACAUCCAUUUUUUAGUGUUGUUAUAUAUACUCAUCACUUGUAAUCAUUUGUAAUUGAUAUUGUUGAUAUAUUUUAUGCACAUUUUAUAAAUGUGUUAUAUCUUUUUUAAUGUUAUUGUUAAAGAAACAACAUGUUUGUCUUAUUUAAGUUUAAGUUUUCAAAUGCAAAACAUUUGUUUUUUCAAAAUUUAAAUUUAAUAUAUGAUAGGCUCUAGAUGUUCUUUAAAAAUAAACAAUUUUAUUUUAAUUGAGACUAAUUGUUUUGGUCUUUAGGGUGUGUAUACACAUAGAACUAGAAUUUGCAAAAAUAAUCUGUGAAGAAUUGUGAAGUUUUUGUGUAACUUAUGUAGGUAUCAUUUCAAAAUAGCUGUUAUGCAACAAGUUGUGGCAGAUACAAUGAUCUGUUAGAUAAGAAUAUAUAAUGAUUUGUUAGAAUAUGGAAUGGUCUGUGUUAGUAUAUACAGUGAUUUGUUAGAAUAUACAAUGAUUUGUUAGAAUAUACAAUGAUCUGUUGGAAUAUAUAAUGAUCUGUUGGAAUAUAGAAUGAUUUGUUAGAAUAUACAAUCUUUUAGAAUAUACCAUGAUCUGUUAGAAUAUACAAUGAUCUGUUAGAAUAUAUAAUGAUCUGUUAGAGUAUAUUAAUUGUCAGAAUAUACCUGCAGUGAUCUGUUAUAUCAGUGAUCUGUAUGCAAGAUUUAUGUACUGAAUAGUGCAUAUAUAAUACUUAUAUAUGUACUUAAAUGCUUAUUUUUAAGAGUUUUGUUAAGUAAAGCAUCUGAAUUCCAUGUGAUCUCAGCCAAUAAAUGAUGAAAUUGUAAGUGCUAUUCUCUAAUGCUACUCUUUUAAACACUUAUUAUUUAUGUAUUUUUCUUCAUUAAAACUCUUAUACCCCUAAUGUUUUUCUACCUUUUCACCUUGUUAAGAUGUCAUUGUUGUUAAUAUUUUUACCUUUCAUGUUGAAUGGUAUUUAAGGCAAGUCGAAAAAAUAAGUUCUCGUUCUCAGACAAUCCUUAUAUAAAAAUUUUAUGUGGGAGGGUGGUUUUUAUUUUUGGUGUUAUUUGGUCAAAGGAUCGCGAAUGAGCUAAAUGACUUCUCAUAAACAUCACCUUUCAAGACACUACAUUUAUCUCAUUAUGUUGUUUAUAGGAAUGUAUAGAGUUACUUCCUUUAACCAGGGAAAAAUAUUUACGUAUGGUAAUAAAUGAGAUUUGUUUUGAAAUCAAAAUGUGUCAUGCAGCCCUUUUUGAGUGGCGCAGGAUUAUCCGAGAACCAGGAAAGCUUUUUAUAUGGCCUAAUAUUUAUGUUAGUUUUGGAGCAUUCUGUGUCAAAUAAAGUAAGAGUGGUUCUGUUUUUAAACCGAUUUUUAUAUGAUUUGGUAUGGUCUUAACAAACAGUACAGCUGGAAAUCAUUAUUACAGCGCCUUUUAACCUUUUGAAUCUGUGUAAGCCAAAUAAAAGCACUGUAAAACAGACAAAUCUGUACUGGACCAAUAACAGGCAGCAGAGAUAUUGCAUCUAAUAAAGCCUGAAUUUGUACCUGAUAAUGUCUUGUGACAGGUGCCUUAUUUACAGCCCUGAUAACAAUUUGUAAGAGCCAAACAAAAACAUUUCACACAGAAGGACCCUUUUAUGUUGUAGUUUUAAGUCUGUUUCAGAUUAUUUUCUUCCCUUAUCAGGACGCAUUUAUUAUUAUAGUUUAUUCAUUCUAUAAUGCUAGGCACUAGCAACUUGUCAAUACUAGUGGUUUUAGUAGAAUGUAGUUAAAUGGCAAGUUUUUGUGUAUGGAGACUCUCAGUUUGUUUCCAUAGCAAUGUAUUGAAAAGAGAACACUGUUCCAUGCUACAUCUGUGACUACCGUACUAGAAAGCUUAAAAUGGCCGGACGAAGGCAUGUCACCAAUGAGGCAGAUCAUCUAUAACUAAUUAUUGAUUGGUCAUAUUUUUGUUACUGGUGUCAUACCCAGAUGUAGACAUCAGCUGUGAUUGUAUCAUUUUUUAUUAAUAUAUAUUUUGUAUACAGAGAGUUAUUUUCUAAAAACAAGGAUUUUAACCCCUUACAAGUGCUUGAAAACUGUUUUUUUUUAAUAAGAAUAUUAUUUAAUACAAGGUUUGACACAAGCAUUUAUUAGAAUAAAAGAAAGCACAGACUUUGCACUGUGUGAAGUCUAUAUAUGAAACCUUGACAUUUGGAAAUUGAGAAAUGGUUUGCAAAAACAAUGCUUUCAAGGCAAAAUCCUAGAAAUAAAAAUUACCAUAUUGGUAUUACAAAAUGAUAAAUUUAUUGUUUUGGUAUUAAAACCAAAUUUCAUUCCAUAAUUAUGAAGAAGUUCAACUGUAGUAUAACAGUAAUAGAUAGAAAUAUUUUUUAACCCAAAUAUUAUAGUAUUCCCUUUAUUUUUUAAACUGUAUUUAAUAUGAACAGAUUUUAAUUUUAUUUUACCCCGAAGCUAUUUGUCAUUUAAUUUUAUAUAGAAAUG